AUGCCGCUCUGUGGUGGAACAAAGUCUGUGCAGCGCAAGCUAGUGCUCCUCGGCGACGGUGCUUGCGGCAAGACAUCUCUGCUCAAUGUCUUCACGAGAGGGUACUUCCCCACGGUAUACGAGCCUACCGUCUUCGAGAACUAUGUACAUGACAUCUAUAUCGACAACACACACGUGGAGCUCAGCCUCUGGGACACUGCCGGGCAAGAAGAAUUCGACCGGUUACGAUCGCUUAGCUACGAUGAUACGCACGCUAUCAUGCUCUGCUUCAGCGUUGACUCUCCCGACUCGCUUGAGAACGUAGAGACCAAAUGGGUUUCCGAAAUCGCAGAGAACUGUCCUGGCGUUAAGCUCGUUCUGGUUGCCCUUAAGUGCGAUCUGCGGAAGAAGGACGAUGACGAAGAAGGAGCACAACCUGAGAAAGCCCUGAUCCAAUACGACGAAGGCCUCAAGGUCGCCGAAAGGAUCAAAGCCCUUCGAUAUCUGGAAUGCUCCGCCAUGAAGAACCGAGGUGUGAACGAGGCCUUCACAGAAGCUGCACGUGUUGCCCUGUCGGUCAAGACAAACAAGGAUCAGAGCAGCAGCUGCACUGUCAUGUAA